GCGGCGAACGUGUAAGGUGUUAGCGAUGGCUCCGGAGAAGGAGCUACUGUAGGCUGGACCUCGUUUCUGAUGGAGACCGGAGUGGGCGGACUCCCCCCCAGGCUUGUGGGAUCGACUUUGGGAUUGAUUUCGGGUUACUGAGAUUCCCGGGAGACAUCGUGGAAAAGAUAUUCUGGGUUCUUCUACCUCAGGAGUUAGUUGUUGGGAUGAAACUCAUCAUUCUAGAGCAUUAUGCGCAGGCUAGUGAGUGGGCAGCAAAGUACAUUAGGAAUCGAAUCGUCCAGUUUAAUCCGGGUCCAGACAGGUAUUUUACCCUUGGGCUUCCCACUGGAAGUACUCCACUAGGGUGUUACAGAAAACUAAUAGAAUAUUGCAAGAAUGGGGAUCUCUCUUUCAAAUACGUGAAAACCUUCAAUAUGGAUGAAUAUGUGGGCCUUCCGAGGGAUCACCCAGAAAGCUACCAUUCCUUCAUGUGGAAAAACUUCUUCCAGCACAUUGACAUCUCUCCCGAAAACACACAUAUUCUCGAUGGGAAUGCAGCUGACCUGCAGGCAGAGUGUGAUACUUUUGAGAAAAAAAUCAAGGCUGCCGGAGGAAUAGAGCUCUUUGUUGGAGGUAUUGGUCCAGAUGGUCACAUUGCUUUCAAUGAGCCAGGGUCAAGCCUUGCAUCCAGAACACGAGUGAAGACCUUGGCUAUGGACACGAUAUUGGCUAAUGCCAGAUUCUUUGAUGAUGACCUCUCUAAAGUGCCCACGAUGGCUCUGACAGUUGGAGUUGGUACAGUCAUGGAUGCCCGAGAGGUUAUGAUUCUGAUUACAGGAGCCCAUAAAGCCCUCGCUUUGCACAAAGCUAUUGAGGAAGGUGUAAACCACAUGUGGACAGUUUCAGCUUUUCAGCAGCAUCCCCGUACUCUCUUUGUAUGUGAUGAUGAUGCCACUCUGGAGCUUAAAAUGAAAACUGUGAAGUACUUUCAAGGUCUGAUGCUUGUUCAUAACAAGCUUGUGGAUCCACUAUACAGUAUGAAAGAAACAGGAGCAGAAACAAACCACACUGAGAAACCAUACAGUGACUAACCUCUUAGCACUCUGCACAACUGAGUCCACAGAGCCUUCUGUUAAUACCUAGGAGGAGAAGGUGUUAAAGUCUUUACAUCUGGAGGAAAACACAUUCUUGGACUGUAUUUGUUAGAAAAUAUCCCUUCCACCUUUCCUGCCUCCACUGCUCCACAACAGCAGAACUAACUCAUGUCAGUUUUGCACUGCUUUAAAAAUUAAGACCAAAUGGAAUGGAAGGCAUUUGUUCUCAUAAAAGGCUGUGACAUGUAUUGAAGGGUAACUAGGAAAGAGAUCUUAACAUGCAACAUGAAUGUCAAUUGCAAAAAUUAUAUAUACUCAAAAAAUGGGAUCUGCAAAAUGUGAAGCUUUUUCUGCCUUUUUUUCUACAUUAAAAAUGUGUACUAUUUCUGAAAAA